CUGACUUACAGCUGGGACGUUCAAGAGUCUGUUCAACACAGCAACAUCCGUGAUCCCCGUGAUCCCCGAGAUAAAAGAUGUUUAUAAUGUUUCCGACACAAUCAUGCCUGCUUAUCAUCAUGUUGGUGUGUAUGUCUUCCGUGAACACCUUUCAAACGUAUAAUGAUCUUCAUAAGUAUAAUCAAACUUCUAAAACUUCGAUUGCACAACGAGGACGCAAUACCACAGUGGAUAGUCUGCCAGGUUCCUCAAACGUCAACAACAACAGAGAUCAAGAACACCUAAAACAAUACAAUGUUCCCCAUUCGUUUGACUACAAGGAUGCCUCACAAGGUCCACAAGCUUCAUCCACAGAAGCGAACGAGUCGGCAGGAGUACUGCAUAGAGUUCUGCGGAAUCCCAAGUUGGCUACUAUGUUAUUGACCGUCAUGGGAAAGCAACAAGGAGAUGGUAUGCAGGGUGUUUUGAAGACUAUUGUAAGCAGAGGUUCGAAUGGCGAAGAGGCGCCGUUGCUGUCGAUGCUGGAGAAGGUGCAGUAUUUACUCAGUCCGGAGGGCCUUGAGAGCGAGGACCGAUGCACAGCUGACGUCAGCGCCUAUCUCCAGGGUGUGGAACAGGGUCAGAUGUGGGCCUUGCAAAUGUUAGACGCAUCAGGCAAACCAGGCAGGAGUAUUCUCCGAGGAGCGAUCAAAUUUCUUGGUAACUAUGACGAAUGUCUGGAUGUGUCACACACACUAACCAAUGAAAGCACGGGAGAAAGUCAUGUGAUACAGGGAGGUUAUUGUCACUUUCUACUCACAAUUCCGCCAUCAGUAACCAAUGUAACCAACGGCUAUGGACCACUUCCGAUCAACCCAUACCACAUGUUCAUACAAUGGGACCUGUGUUUACCAAAUUCCUGCAAUGACAGUCAGGUCAAGGAGGCAGCUUCAAGAUUACCUCUGAACGCCACUGGUUCAUCUCUGUGGUCGGCCUAUUUUUCCAAGGUGACGGACUGGAAGGAAGACGCCAGUGCAGUUACAACAGUGGUUGUCAUUUGUUUCAUCGUCGCGUUAUCCCUUGUGGGAACCCUGUAUGAUAUCAUCAGCGCGGAGAUCGACCGUUACAGACGUCAACGCUACACUGGCGACAUCAACGGUGACAGUGGAUCUGAGGCUGGCGCCUACGAUAGAGAGGUCAUUAUGAAUGAUGACGGUCAACAACGUCAAAACGUUAACAAAGCCAUCGAGCGUCCUGGGUUUCAGCGGUUAGAAAACCAAGAGGAGAAACAUCAAAAUGAAGGUUUGGGUCGCCAACUCGUCCUGUCGUUCUCCAUCAGCAGGAACACCGAAAAAAUCCUCAACACCAGAACGGGGGAUGGAAACCUAGGCUGUAUCCAUGGCAUACGUGUUCUCAGUAUGGCCUGGGUCAUCCUCGGACAUGCAGUGUCUUGGGAUGGACUUGGCAGCUAUGAGAACGUGAGUGAUUAUGCUGAAUGGACGAAAAGAUUCACCAUGCAGUUCAUCAUUAAUGCCUCUGUCGCAGUUGAUACAUUCUUUCUGCUCAGCGGCUGCCUGUUGACGUUCUUGUUCCUGAGAGAGUGUGAGAAGUCUGCCAGAGGGAAGCCUACAGCCAGACAGAUGGUCAUCUACUACAUCCACAGAUGGUGGAGGUUGACCCCUGUAUAUAUGAUAAUCGUCAUGUUCUACUCGGGCUUACUGGACCACCUCAUAGACGGACCACUGGCUGAGUCAAAGAACCUCAUAGACAAAGACCAUUGUCGGGACAACUGGUGGGCCAAUCUGCUGUACAUCAACAAUUUGUAUAAGAUAGAUGAAAUGUGUCUUCCAGCUUCCUGGUUUUUGGCAAAUGAUAUGCAGUUUUACGUCGUGGCACCACUGGCGUUACUGCCGCUUGCAUUCGGUUUUGCCUGGCUCGGUUAUUGUGUGAUAUCUGGAUUCAUUGCUAUACAUGUUAUAUCAUACGGAUAUCUGGAAUGGCAAACUGGAGGCAGUUCAUUGCUUCUGAAUGGAAGGGAUUUCAUGGACAAAGUCUACCGUCUUCCCUGGUGUCGUGUCGGCGUAUUCGCCAUAGGGAUGUUCCUGGGGGUCUUGCUACACAAAACCAAGUGUAAACUCAAGAUACGAAGAUACCUCCUUGUACUGGGGUGGCUGGUAUUCCUAGCUGUAGGACUUCUGUGCUCUUACAUCACAUAUGACCAGAUGCGAGAGGCGGACAGACAAUGGGGCGCCAAUACCAGAAUCGUCUAUGAAACUCUCAGCAGGCCUGGCUGGGCGUUGUUUGUAUCUUGGAUUAUCUUGGUGUGCUGCACACGUAACGGAGGUGUUAUCAACAGCAUCCUCUCCUGGUCUGCUUGGAUUCCUCUGGGUAGAUUGACGUACGGAGCCUAUCUGAACCACACAGUCUUGUUGUCCUAUACAGAGGUCUCUGUAAGGUCUCUGAGAUAUGCUGAUGUAGUGUUUGUGAGCUACCACUACAUAGGGACAUUUGCCGUCUCCUUCGCCCUGUCGUUCAUCACCUGUGUGUUGGUGGAGUCUCCAUGCCUCGGUCUGGAGAAGGUGGUCCUUACCAGACUAAGCCUCAAGAAGUAGGCAUGACAAAGAAUGAUGCACGUUAACCUCACGGAACGUAGUGUUGGAAUUAUAAUAUAAGGACAGCGAUCAAAAUAUAUUUUACUGUAAUUUAAGAGCGUUUAUCUGCAUUGCCCAGCUUCACCUAGACCUUUCCCUCUCAAAAAUAACGUCCUCCAAUAUACGACGUCAUCAAGUUGCGAGAGCGCAUGUUCGAAUCUCCAGAAAUGACGUCAUGAUGGAACAAUGGUUUAUCGUGAAAUAAACCACACUUCGUUCUUCAUUGUUCUUUGCGAACAUGUGUUAUAUAUAUGAUUUCCUUUGACAUACAAGUGAUCCGACAGCA